GCAGGUUACUUUAGUUUGUGGGAUCCCUGUGUAGUUGCUUAACUGGUUUCCUUGUGUGUGUGUGUGUGUGUGUGUGUUGGGGGAGGGGAGGGAGGUGUGGAUGGGUGUGUGUACGAGUCUUACUUUGCGUCCAAGGCCAGAGCAAUAGCACCAGAUGCCUGAGGAGCUGCAGCACUGGUACCAUCAAAGGAUUUGGAGCAUAAUUGACAAACGUGGAGGCCAUCUUGGCGGAGCACCUCUCAUCAUAGUCGAUGCUCUGAAUAUAGCCGUCUGCAGCACAGGUGUCAUCGUUUCUUCCUCCAUUUCCUGACGCGAACACAAAUAUGGACCCCUUCCCAUGUCGACCCUGUAUUGAUAACACCAACAUUCUGUAGAUAUUACACAAUAUCCAGUUAUAUGUCUUGGACACAUAUAUUUUGCUACUAUAAUUAUACUCUCACAAACACCAUAACUAUCACACC